AGGACGCCUCGCCCUUUUGAAAACAAAAUCUCGACUCGGGACCUAUUUAGUGCGGCGGGGGCGGAGCGACAAUUCUCGCGCUCGGACCAGCUGCAGCUGCGCAGUCACAUUUCCGUCCCCGCCCCCGAGAAACUGCAGAACGAUCUGUCAUGGCGGCCGGGAUGUUAGGUUUGUGCGGCCGCCGCCUUUUGGCGUUGGCGGCGAGGCGAGGGCUCCCGGCUGCCCGUGUUCGCUGGGAAUCCAGCUCCUCCAGGGCUGUGAUCGCCCCGUCUGCUGUGGCGGGAAAGCGGCCGCCGGAACCGACUUUACGCUGGCAGGAGGACCCAGAUCCCGAGGACGAAAACCUCUAUGAGAAGAACCCAGACUCCCACGGUUAUGACAGGGACCCUGCUGUGGACCUCUGGAACAUGCGGGUCGUCUUCUUCUUUGGCUUCUCCAUCGUCUUGGUCCUUGGCAGCACCUUUGUGGCUUAUCUGCCUGACUACAGGUGCAUGGGGUGUCAAAGAGAGUGGGACGGGUCGGGGCAGAAGCAGGGGUGGAGAUUGAAGGAGACUGCCAGAAAUCCUGUCCCUGGGGAGCUAAGAUGGGGAUUGGUGUCCAUUGAGGCUCCCUCACGUCUACCCCCACGCUGCUGCCUCCAGGAUGCAGGAGUGGGCCCGCCGGGAAGCUGAGAGGCUUGUAAAAUACCGAGAGGCCAAUGGCCUCCCCAUCAUGGACUCCAACUGCUUCGACCCCAGCAAGAUCCAGCUGCCAGAGGAUGAGGACUGACCGGUUACUGAAAGGGGCUUAAGAGCACCACCUUCUCCACCCCUUGUCUGCCAUUCUGCCCUCUCUUCAGAGCACCUAAUUAAAGGGACUGAAACUGUGA